AUGGAAAGAACAAGAUAUGCAUAUGAAAAGUAUCGUGAAGUUAGAAGUCAAAUUACAUCUGGUCGAACCUUUACAGUAAACUUUGACGAAGGAAAGAACAAAGAAGGCUUCAUGGGAGUACUUGCUGCAAUUCAAGACGGAAAUAAGAAAGGACACAAUCUCAGAUUGACCAUAACAGAUUUGGAUGGUCACAUUUACUAUGCACAUGGCAAUGAACAAACAGCCGCAAAACUUCUUGACGCUUUCAAGACUACAAAGAGAGAACAAAUGGUUGACUCCGACUCAGACAUUUUGAAUGCAAUUGAAGGAAUUGCAAGUGUCAAGUUCGAAUGGUACCAACCUAACCCUCAAGCAGUCAGACAACAUGCUGGAUACUUCCCCUUCAUAAAUAAGUCUGACAUUGACUUGACAAGGUAUGGAAUUUACAAUUCAAUUGAAACAAUUGUCAAUGAACCUUGUAUUCUUACAUGUCUCAGGAACUCUGGUCUUGUUACAGAUGAGAAGAUGAAGUAUCUUGAGUCAUGUGUGAAGACAAGGUACAUUCUCAGAGGUCAAUUGGCAAAAAUUGCACCGUUGGCAAAUGUCAAUAUCCGAGUCAACAUACCUACAGCUAAAGGUUCUUCACAUGACGACUAUGUUGUUGACAAAGACUUACCAUGGUUGAAGAUUGUAAUUGUCCACAACCACUUCAUGUUGAACGAAAGUCUUACAAACCCAUUCUUUGGUAAAAGUAAGUGCAACAUUGUCAGAGCUGUAAACAUUCUUUUCGAGAAAGGUUUGUUGGAACCAAUUCCAGAUGACAAGCUGACAGAAACUUUUGUACCAAAAGACGAAACAAACUUUUCAUUGUUAGCAAGACCAAAAGUUGUUCCAGACAAAGUUCUAGUACAAAAGAAGUACACAAUUCCACAAGGAGUUGGAUUGUUCGGAUACCAACCUGAACCAGAAGAACUUCCAAUGAG